AUGUCCCCAGGUCAAAUCAUGGAGAAUGAAGUCAGAGUGGUUGAUCUGAGCCAGUCAACGAUACACGAGGUAACCCAGGAGACGGGGGAUACGAGAAACUAUAUCAAGUUCUCGGGUGUGGUUCUGAUCUCAAUCGCACUUUGCUUGGCCACCUUUUGUGUUGCAAUGGACAAUACGAUAACUUCGACCGCAGUUCCUCGAAUUAUCCAAGACUUCCAUAGCAUUGAAGAUGUGGGCUGGUACGCAUCAAUAUACCCAUUGACGUCCUGUGCUUUCCAACCGUCAUAUAGCAAGAUUUAUACAAUCUUCUCCGGAAAAAUAGGUUUCAUAGUAUCGCUACUAAUUUUCGAGAUCGGGAGCGUUGUAUGCGCUACAGCACCAACCUCUCAUAUCUUUAUUCUUGGACGGGCAUUAGCAGGUCUGGGAUCUGCUGGAAUACAAGCAGGUACUACACUCAUUCUCGCCGAGUGUGUUCCGCUACGCCAGCGACCGACAUGGAACAGCGUUGUUGGUAGCAUUUUUGCAGUCGGGAGCGUGGCUGGACCUUUACUGGGUGGAGCUUUCUCGGGUUCAACGACAUGGCGUUGGUGCUUUUACAUCAAUCUUCCAAUCGGAGGCGCUGUCAUGAUUUUUAUUGCUCUUUUUUAUGAUGGGAGUCGCGGCAGUAAGAAAGUAUUUCAAUCUUCCGGUUUUCGCAGUCAAAUAUCACGGUUUGACUUGGGUGGUACUUUCACCUUCAUGUCAGCGACGAUAUGUCUUCUUUUAGCAAUCUCAUGGGGUGGAACCACGUAUGCAUGGAAGAAUGCUCGCAUCAUAGCUCUUCUAAUAGCCGCUGGUGUUCUAUUUUGUUCCUUUUUCAGUGUUGAAUACCUGAAAAAAGAUAAUGCCACCAUACCCUUACGCUUACUACAAAAGCGAAGCAUAGUAGCGGCAAUUUGGUUUGGAAUUUGUCUCGGAGGGGUAUUCUUUGUCAAUGUAUUCUAUAUACCGCUUUGGUUUCAGAUCGUGGACGGCGUCUCUGUCAUAAAAUCGUCGAUUCUUUUCAUACCAUUCAUGAUUAGUGUCGUUGGUGGAUUCAUGUUCGCAGGCUUUGGAACCGCUGCCACUGGAUAUUACACACCAUUCGUCUACGCUGGCUCAAUUCUCAUGUCAAUAGGUACUGGUCUUUUGAUGACCGUCGAGCCUCAGAGAACCUCGCGAGCUAAAUGGGUGGGAUUUCAAAUACUUUGUGGAGCUGGAAUUGGUCUAGGAGAAGAGCAAGGGUUAUAUAUGGUUCAGACGACGCUUUUAGAAGAUGACGUUGCAACUGGUAUUGGCAUUGUCUUAUUUGCGCAGACUUUUGGUGGAGCACUUUUUGUGUCAGUUGCCCAAGCCGUCUUUCUGGAAAAAAUCAGCAAGGCCUUGAAAACGCUGGCCCCGAACCUAGAUCCUCACUCUGUCUUGGACGGCGCAUCGACGGUACUUUCGGGCUCUUCUAAUAUUCAGACGUCAGUAGAAUUACAAGCGGUCUACGGUGUCGCAAUCAAAGAAGCUCUUCGAGUUGGACUCAUAUUGGCAACAAUAUCGAGUGUAGGCGCCGUGAUGUACGACUGGAAAAGUUUAAAAACUAAGCGAAAUGAUGGAAGAGAUGAAAGUAGUAGUAACCAUGAGCUGGAAUAA